GUGGCGGCGGCAUCCUCCUCCCCGGGUCCGUCCCACCUGCAGACGGUGUGAUUAUAGCCCGGGGCUCGUUAAGCUGAUUAAUUGUGAAGUGAGUGCAAAAUGGCUACCGACAGCGUUGAACUAACCGAUCAAGCCAUGAAGGGCACCUUUGUCAAGUUGCCGGAUGGAUUCAAAAGCAAGGUGGUGGAACAUGUCAAUCCAAAGCUGAUCAAAAAGAAGGUGACAAAUCCUAAGCUGACUCCAUCAGCAUUCAUGAGGGAGAUGUCCCUUGAUACAAAACAGAAGUUAGCAGAUACUCAUGAGAUGUAUCUUCCUCCCAUUGUUGAACUUCUCGAUAUGACUGACACCACACUGCAGAAGUAUUCCUCCCUGGACACUGACCAGCCAUUGUUUCAGCCAUUCCCUUCAGAAAUUACCUUUCAGAACUAUAAACCAUGUGAAGUUUAUGAGGUACCAUUGAGUCUACGAAACCAUGACCGGGUUCCACGAAUGGUUAAAGUUAUUCAGGAAGAUUCUCCGUAUUUCGGAAUCAUCUGUCCCAAUGAUGUUGGUCGUAAAGUGGCACCGGGCAUGGUCACCACAUUCAAGCUCGUUUUCACACCUGAGGAAAACAAGGAUUAUAUCCAUGAACUGGUCUGUAUAACAGAGAGAGAGAAGUUUUUGGUGCCUGUAAAAGCCAUUGGAGCACGUGCUAUUUUGGAUUUUCCUGACCACAUCAACUUUUCGGUGUGUCCUGUCAAAUACAACUCUCAGAAAACUCUUCUGGUUCGGAACAUUGGUAACAGAGAAGCUAAGUUCAUCCUGCAGACCAAAAAGCCAUUCCAUGUGGUACCCAUCCACGGAAACCUGGAUGCUGGGGGUAACAUGCAAGUGACGAUAGAAUUUAUCCCACAGCGUAUUGGGGAUCACAGCGAGGAUCUGAUGGUACAUUUGGAUACAGGAGAGGACAUCUUUAUCAAUUUAUAUGGAGCUGCAGUGGAUGUAAAUGUAAGACUUGACAAAAGCUCUCUCAUGAUAGAGAAGACCUACAUAACAUUGGCCAACCAGAGAGUGGUCUCCAUUUGCAACAGGAGCAAUAUAAUAGUACACUUCCAGUGGAAAGCUUUUGCAACCCCAGAGGAGGAGGAGCAGCAGAAAAUGAUAUUCUUCUCAGAUCUGAUGAGUGAGGAGGAAGAAGAAACGGACUACUUUUUGCAGGAGUGCGCUGGAGAUCCCGAACUACGUGAACGCAUUUCCGUCCUGUCUCGUACCUUUCUGAAUCGUCGCCGAAUGGUGCAGGACGACAAGAUGCUGCUGUCUGAUGACACCUUGUUCAUCGAGCCACUGGAAGGAGAUAUCUGGCCCAAUUCCACAGCUGAAAUAAGUAUAAUCUGCAGACCUCAACAAGCAAAGAUAUUUCAGUGGACAGUCUACUGUGAUGUCACAGGUCGGGAGACUCGCUUGCCUCUCCGUAUCAAGGCUGAAGGUAUGGGCCCCAAGCUGCUGCUGAAUUUUGACCAGAUUGACAUGGGACACAUCAUUAUAAACUCUAAGCACACAUAUGAGAUAUUGAUGACGAACAAGGGUGACAUCCUUGCUGCAUACAGCCUGAUGCCUGCAUUCACUCCCAUUGGCUCCUGCUUCAGCAUCAGCCCAAGUUCAGGGUCACUGUUGCCAGGUGGUUACCAAGCACUGGAUGUGACAUUCAAAUCCAACAUUCUUGGGGAAUUCCUGGAAGACUUGUUUUUUUAUGUGCAGGGGUCCCCUAAACCAAUCAGUGUGACUUUUAAGGGACAUGUCAUUGGACCUACAUUUAAUUUCAACGUGCCUUCACUGAACUUUGGGGAGAUCUCCUUUGGUUUUCCCAGCACUAUAUCAUGUCGUCUUAUUAACACAUCCAUUGUACCAAUGGUAUUUAAGUUGUGGGUCCCUGGUGAUGGAACCGCAGAAGUCAUUCAAGCAAAUGACAGUCACACCUCAGAGGACAGAAGGAUACUUUCUUGGGCAAACAUUGGGUAUGGUGUGAAACCCAAAGAAUUCACUAUAAACCCUAACAACGGUACCAUCAAGGCCCAAGAAGAAAUAGAGAUUCAGGUGACAUUGUGCUCCAACACUCUAAAGAAAUAUGAGUCGGCCCUGGUUGUGGAUGUGGAGCACGUCGGCCAGGAGGUAUCAGCAAUCCCCAUCUCGGCACGAUGUGUCGUUCCUAUUGUGGAGGUGAUUAACUCACAAAUUGACCUUGGACGUUGCUUUCUCAAGUACCCUUACCAAUGCCUGAUAAAACUUCAGAAUACUAAUGACCUUCCAGCUUGUUACGGUGUAGUUCCACAGGAGUUGGAUGACCAGCAUGGUGUGGUUUAUUCCAGUCCCAAGCCUUAUGGAAUUAUUGACUCCUGUUCCACUGUUGAGGUUCCUUUAUUAGUGGAGGCACAGAGCCUUGGAGAACAGAACACAGAACCAUCUAUUGCCAUAUUUGGCAAAAGUUACUUUCCUCUUCAAGUCCACUUAUCUUGCAUAGGUGAGGGGCCAGUAGUCCAUAUCACUUCCACAGAGAUUGACUGGGGGAAGAUCCAAGUACUGUCUGAUGUCCCCAAGACCAUCUGCCUCUCUAAUGAGUCACUUAUCCCAGCCAACGUAACAGCCAAAAUGGCACUAGAACACUCGAAAUGGCGCUUGGAACCCAGCGAAGCUGUGAUCCCCCCCCACGGACAUGUAGAUUUGACUAUCAUGGCGCACCUUGAUGACACAAUCUGGUCUGAAGACAAGGUGCACUUAUUAAUAGAGAACAGUCACUCAAAAAGCAUUCGUGUGCAAGCCAAGGGCAUUGGAUCUACCAUUGUAUCUAACAAACCCUUUGGACCACAUCUUAACCUUGGAUCGAUAUUCAGUUCUCAAGUUUGCCGCUAUUCAGUUAAGCUGACAAACCGUGGACGGCGACACCAUCAGAUUUACUGGAAGACAGAAGGUUUUCCUCUCACCUUUAAACCCGCUCCACAGAAACAGCCUGUAUCUCUUGACAUGAAAUAUAAAAUUUCUCACCCUCUAGCAGGGCACUAUGUGCCCUGCUUCAGAGUUAGACCACUGCGCAUGGACCUUGAUCCAGGCCAAAGUGCUGUCCUGGUGUUAGAGGGAGAAUCAGACACACCUAAGGUUGUCAGUGGUCAGCUGGUGGGCAGUGCCAUCAUCGGGAAGCAGUCUGGGAAGGAGAGAAUAAAAACCGUGAACAUCCUCUGUGAGUUCAUUGGACCCAUCCUGGAGCUUUCGACAAAGCAGUUGAACUUCCGGGUAGAGAAGCCCCAGGAUGAGCUGCUGGUUCCUCAAUACAAGCCUCUUGCUUUGAAGAACAUUUCUCCAUUGCCACUGACCUUCAAUCUCAGCAUGAAAGAACCAUUCACAAUUGCAGAGAAGCAGAAUGAAGAGGCACUGGUCACAUCAAAGAAUGUGAAACUAGAUGUUGGUGAGAACCUAGAACUGUUCAUCCGGUUUGAUCCAUCUUACAAGAAUGACUUGUACACACGCGUAGCAGAGGAGGUUCUUACCAUCCAGUACUUGGAGCACCCACAUGUGGACUAUGUGUCUUUAAGGGGAGAGGUGAACUUCCCAAAUUUGCACUUUGAAACCACUGCAGUGGAUUUUGGCUGCAUCCUGAACGAUACAGAGAUGGUGCAUCAGGUGACGAUGAUCAAUUGCAGCCCGCUAUUGGUUAGAUAUCACUGGUCCUUCCUAUGGGGUGAUUCAGUAUACCGAGACAGCAGCUCACCUGUUUACGGAACAGGAACAGAAACUGAGCAGCUGAACACUAAGGAAGGCAAAGACCAAACAAAACUCACAGAUGAAACUUCCAUUCAGGAAUCUACCCUGGUCAUUGAGGAUGACGACAGAAAUCUAUCAAACUCCACAAUGAAUUUCAAUGAGGAAGAGAAAACUGAUGCUGAGAAUGAAACAUGGGAGGGUGUUGGGUCACCCAAAGCGAGCUCGAGUGUUACCUUCAAUAAAGGACAAGAGGAGAGAUCAUUGAAUCUGGUUGACUCAGAGAAGCUGCCUGAAGACCAGACUGAAGAUAGCAAGUGUCUUUCCUGGAGCUGUAACCAAGAGCAGAAUAAUGCCAUGUUAGGUGUGGAGCAGGUAUUUGACAUCCUUCCAUUGUUUGGUGUUCUACAACCCAGUGAAAGUCAACAGAUGACCUUUACCUUUUACGGGCACAUGAACAUCAGGAGCAAGGUGAAAGCAGUAUGUGAGGUGGAAGGUGGACCAGCGUACGAGAUCACACUGAAAGGAGAGGCGUCAUUUAUCAAGUAUGAAUUUGACAGAAAAGAGAUCGACUAUGGCCACCAGUUAUUUAACCAUGUCGCUGUGACUGAAAUUACCCUGAAGAACAUGGGAAAGGUUGGGUUUGACUUCACCGUUUUGAAUGAAGUGCAGACAGCUGACCAAGAACCUCAGCCAGGAGUACCACUUGUCACUCCCGCCAUGGGAUACAUUGAAGCAAAUGCUGACCAGCAGUUGAGGGUUGCUUAUUUACCUGGAGUACCUGAGGUCUUUCAUAAGAGCUUUGCGAUUCAGAUUUCUCACUUUGAACCUGAUAGCAUCACAGUGAAGGGAGAGGGGACCUUCCCGAGGAUCUACCUGGAUCUACCCAGAAACAUAAAAGGAAAUGAAAAGUAUGAGGCAUUCCUGAAGGAGGCACAGGAAACCAUUGAGAGAGAGACAUCGGAAUCCAACCUGCUCAGCCGUCCUGAGACAAUAGCAGGAGAACUGGGUGCAGCCAACUCCCUCUCUUCCUAUGAUACCUUGCUGCAGAUGGAGGCUGAUCGCCUACUAAUUAAAGAGUGCAGUCUAGCCCAAAGGUUGAUUGCUUCUUCCCGCAGUGGCGUGUCUGAGGAGUGUCAAUAUGCUCACAGCUGUGUCUCCAGAUGUCCUCUGCCUGAGUUUUUCCUGGAUUUUGGUUUUGUUAUCCUCGGCACCGUGAAGAUACAUAUUAUCAAGAUUACAAACACAGGUUUUAUGCCAGUAUCCUUUCACACUGACCAACGUGCUCUUAAGAAUACAGGUUUCAGCGCUGAGCUGCACAGGGUGAACAAUCUGCCCUAUUGUGAAACAGAGACUUUUGAAGUACGGUUUGAUCCCCGUAGUGCAAACCUCAGUAUUGGAUACACGAAAGCUUUGAUAUCAAUACAGGUUGUAGGUGGACCCACGGUGAACGUCAUCUUGCAAGCUACAGUGACAGAGCCAGACCUGACCGUCUCCAGCGAGCACCUGGACUUUGGCACCGUGCAGUGCGGGCAUUGUCAAGUUAUAACUAUCCAGCUCUACAACCACCUGCAAGUCCCCUGUGAAUGGUCUUUCACUGAUACCAGUAUUGUGAAGAAAAAGCUUGAUAAGCACGUUCCCCUGCACCUGCGAUCCAAACUGCUGAGAGAGUUGAAGCCGCCAUCCUACGUGUUUCUCAUGUUACCGCCUUGUGGUGUGGUCAAUGCUGGGGAGAGAGUCAAUGUGCAGAUGACAUUCACCCCUGCAGAGGAGAAACUUUAUAACCAUCAACUGGUGCUGAACUUAGCACAAAGCAGUAACCAGGUGCUGAUCAUGGCCAGGGGUCAAGGGCUGGAGCCUCGCCUAGACUUUUCUACCACUUUGUUGGAACUGGGACCAAUUUUACCGUACAGCGCAGAUGCAGAGGGGACGGUGGUCGUGAAGAAUCCCUGCAGCUUCCCGGUUGAAUUCUAUUCCGUUGAAUUUGAUGAGAAGUACCUGGAGGAAGAGAAGGUUCUGAGGAUGAUGAAAGGCUAUAGUUCACUUAACACACUGUUGCUGCCACCUAGACAACCAGGCGAGAGGCUUCCAGUGGAGUUACUAGAUUACUAUAAAGAACAGACCCUAAUCCAAGAGCAGGAACAAGCAAAGAGAAAACUCCUGGAGGUCACUGAAGGAGAAAAUGAUGCGAAAGAAAGUGAAAUGGAAGAGAAGCCAUCUGAGCAGACUGAUAAGCCAGAAUGGCAGAUGACUUUCGAAAGCAUCAGACAACCAAGUGAAAGUGAAAUAUCCUCAAGACUAACAGUCGCCUCACCUCCGGAGGACAAAAGGGAGCCCGAAACUGAAGCAGCUGAGAAAGCAGCAAAGGCCAAAGGAGAGAAACCAGAAUCCACCAUUAAUAUCGGUGUUGGAGAACUGGAGGUCACCCCCGUGUCCAUGGCUAUUGGCAGAUACCUUGGACUGGACUUGUCCCCUGAGGCAUGUGCCGCCCGGAACCGCAGAGGCAUUGCCUUCAUUGUACAUGGAACUCCUCGCUCAGGAAAGACAAAAGCUGCUAUCUUCCUUGCAAACCACUACCACGCUGCCUAUUUAACCAUUGACGCUGUUGUACAGGAAGCAGUUUCAAGUGGCAGCUCACCAGUGGCUUUGCGGGCUCAGGGAUUAUGUGCCAAGGCUACCUUGGAGCAGAUGCUAAAAGAGAACGAAGAGGCGGCAAAGGCUGUGGGGAGAUCUUGGUUCUGGGCAGCACAACAGGAGGGAACCAUGCAGCCUUCAGUUCAAGCACUUGGAGGCAUCAACGUUGACAGAGUAAACAAGCAGCCACCUGAAGGUAGCCCAAACUCCGAUCUCAAACUUGUACCUGCAUCGGCCAAUGCCCAGGUGAAAACCAGCCAAGUCACCUCAAGGACAAGCCAAGUUAUGCAGAAACAGCACACUGACAACGUGGCUUCACAGGUCUCCACAACCAUGCAAGCAGUACAGCAGCCUGUGAGUAUCACCACAAGCCAGAUUGGAGAUUCCAACCCAAUAAGCUUUCAAUUGCCAGAUGACAUGUUGGUGGAGCUCCUGGCAGAGAGGCUGCAGCUGAACGACUGUUGCCAAGGGGUUGUAUUUGACGGACUGGAGAAUCAGCACAGUAACAACGAAACCUCUACACUCCUAGCUGUCUUAAAAGCAAUUAACAAUAGACGUCACAUCUAUUUUAUCAACCUCAGUCAGGAAUACGCAGUAAUGAAAGCCAGAGAGAAAGCCAAGCUUCAAGAAGAAGAACAGUUAGCAAAGGAAGAAGCAGAGAAGGAGAGGACGUACCUAAAAGAGUUGGAUGAAGAUGAAUAUGAAGCUUUGACAGAGGAAAAGAGGGCAGAGUUUGACCUCAAACGUGCCAACUUAUUCCGGGAACGCAGAAAGAAGGUUUUGAAUAAGAUUCAUGAACGACAGCUACGGGAGCAGAAACUGAGGGAAGAAAUGGAGAGGCUGCGGGAGGAAGAAGGGCUGAAGAAGAAGUCCAAAAAGGGAAGAAAAGAAGUGAAUGUCAAGGACGACACAAAGAAAUUGCAGACGAGUGCAAGGAUGAGCAUAAAUAUUUCAACAAUGAAGACUGAGGCCCCUGAAACCAAAGCUGCCAUCGCAGAUCAUAAUGAAUCCAUCCAACUAGAGCGCGGUGAAACAGAAGAAGGAACCAAAAAGAGAAGGAGCAAGGAUGCUAAAAUGAGUCAGGCAUUAUUGGAAAAGUCCAAUUUAUUCCCAGAGGAUGAGGUGCCUAGAAGCCCAGAGAAACAACUGUUCCUGAGAUUUCAGAAGUAUGAUCGUCAUCAGAAGAAAAUCUCCCAAAUUCUGGAAUUCUGGGACAGAUCGCAAGGAACUGUUCUUCUCCCACCAUCCGAGGAUGGCCAAAGUGCAGGGGAAGAGCAAUCCACAGAACGGCCUGUCCCCUCCAGCAAAAAGGGAAAGAAGGAGCGACACGAGAAGCUGGAGAAGGAGAGAGCGGAGAAGGAAAGAGCUGAGAAAGAUCGUCUGGAGAAGGAAAAGGUUGAGAGAGAAAGACAGGAGAGGCUCCGAGAGGAGAAAGCUAUCAGUUCCCCACAGUCUGAUGUCGUGGCAGAUGGAGAAGCUGUGGAAAGUACAGAGAAGGCAGAGAAGGAAGAAAGUAUUGGAGUGCCUCAGGUCAGACUGUCUGUGAACGAUCCCGAGGAAAACAUUGGGAAAAUUGUUCUGGACACUGGCAAAAUACCAUCAGUAGAAGAGAUGUUAGACAGCCUGGGCUUGGGUCCGAGUGGCCCCCCUAUUCCACCACCUGCCUUGUUUUCAGUGGUGAAGUACCCUGUAGAACGGAAGCCCGUUUCAGGACAGGAUGUGCUGAGCCACUUCUCGCUUUCACCUAACGUAGAAGAAGGAAAAUUGUUACUUGAAGAUAAGAAAGAGCCCGAACAAGAGCCUGAACUGGCGGUCCCAGUGGUUAAGGAGGAGCUAACAGUUCAGCACAAAGGGAAAUCUAAGAAAGACAAAGUAGAGAAAGCCGAGGUGGACCGUGACAAACGUCGCUCGGGUGGCCACCGAAAGGGCCGGCGCGAUUCCCGCUCUUCGGUUAUUCUGGGUGCCCCGUCACCUCAGUCUGACAUUGACCACAGCAGUGUCAUUGAUGGAACAGUCAAAGAAGAGAGCACAACAGUCAGAGCCCCUCCUUACCGCUGGAUAUUGCAACCUGGUGAGGAGGUUACCUUACAACUGCGUUUUAGUUCAGUGGUAUGUGGGACAUUUGACCAAACUCUGAAUUUUGAACUCCUGCAAACACGAAGGUGCUACAAGUUGUACUGCAGAGGAAUCUGUACCUUCCCAACUAUAAGCCAGGAUCCCAGGGUGGUCUUUCGACAUCGGAUAAAGGACGUGAAGCAGCAGGAAAUCCCUCGGAAGAAGUAUGUUAUGAGGACAGGGGUGUUUCAGUUUGGACCGUUGCUCUGUGGAAUCACUAGGGAAAGGUACAAGGAGGGCCAAUAUCCGGAAAACAGGGAGAUUAUCAAAAUAGUGAAUACCUCAUCAAUGGAAGCAGAAGUUUCCUUCUGUUAUCAGCAUGAUGUGAAAGCUGCCACCUACCUUGUGGAUCCACCAAGUCUGACACUUGCAGCUCAUCAAGAAAAGAACAUCAUGAUCUGGGCCUAUCCAACCAGCCCCGGGAAAUUUGACGACUGUCUUGUCUGUUGUAUACGAGAAAAUCCCGAACCAGUCCUCUUCAAGGUAUCCUGUUACGGAGUCCGUGCAGAGCUGGAGCUUGACCGCAAGCAGCUGCACUUCGACAAAAUGAUUCUUCACAGGAAGGACACAAAGAGCCUGAUCAUGCGGAACGUUUGCCUUCUGCCAGUGGCCUGGAGAAUCACUGGGCUGGAGAAUCUGGGGGAUGAUUUCUCCCUCUCUCAGGACCAGGGAGUCAUCGAACCCAAAGCUGAAUUUUGUGUGCACGUGCACUUCAGAGCCACAAGACAGAUCAAUCUAAGAAAGUACAUUCGACUGGAGGUCUACGAUGCAGAAAACAUUAUUGGCAUUGUUCAGACAGAAAACAUUCUGGUCCUUGCAGAAGCUUAUGAUGUAGCACUGGACAUCAGUUUCCCUAAAGGUACAGAUGGUGGGAUUGACUUUGGUAUCAUCAAAGUUAUUGAUACUGUGAAGCAGACCAUCACCUUGAAGAACAAAGGCAAAUAUGAGAUUGGAUACAAAUUUCAUUUACAACCCACAAAGCGCGACAUGCCGGAUCUGAACUCUCUGUUCAACAUUCAGCCCAUGAAAGGCUCCCUGUCUCCCAAUGAUCGUGCCAGUCACAUCUACAUCAUCUUUAGCAGCAACAUCAGCACUGAGAUCAAGGAUGAGCCUGUUCUCCGCUGCCAGGUGAUUGAACCCAGCCUGGGUGAAGGAGGAGAGGUCAUCGCCAGCAUUCCGGUGAAAAUCUCCGUCCGCGCUGUCUUCAGCGCCUACCAGAUGCUACCUGCCCGAGAGGUUAACUUCGGCACCGUGCUGGUGGGUGGCCGCAGAAGCCGGACCUUCACGCUUGAGAACACCGGUGAAUUUGACUUCAAAUACUUCAUCUUCAAAAUGCCCAUCGUGGUGUCACACCAGUCAAAGAAGAAGGGCAGUGGGCUACCCGAGUGCGGGGACGCAGGGGCAGUGGGUUACCCGAGUGCGGGGACGCAGGAGGAGUGGGUUACCCGAGUGCGGGGACGCAGGGGCAGUGGGCUACCCGAGUGCGGGGACGCAGGGGCAGUGGGCUACCCGAGUGCGGGGACGCAGGGGCAGUGGGUUACCCGAGUGCGGGGACGCAGGGGCAGUGGGUUACCCGAGUGCGGGGACGCAGGGGCAGUGGGUUACCCGAGUGCGGGGACGCAGGAGGAGUGGGCUACCCGAGUGCGGGGACGCAGGGGCAGUGGGCUACCCGAGUGCGGGGACGCAGGGGCAGUGGGCUACCCGAGUGCGGGGACGCAGGGGCAGUGGGCUACCCGAGUGCGGGGACGCAGGGGCAGUGGGCUACCCGAGUGCGGGGACGCAGGGGCAGUGGGCUACCCGAGUGCGGGGACGCAGGGGCAGUGGGCUACCCGAGUGCGGGGACGCAGGGGGAGUGGGCUACCCGAGUGCGGGGACGCAGGGGGAGUGGGCUACCCGAGUGCGGGGACGCAGGGGGUGUGCGUUACCCAAGUGCAGUAUGAGGAGUUCUUCUAUUGUGAAAUUGGACUUGUGAGGGACGGGUGGCUCCUCAGGCACUGGGAUUUGCUGCAAUGCCAGCUCUCCAUGAGUUCAGCAGCCAUUGACCUCAGUCCCCUGCCCAGUGUUGCCGGCUCAAAGCUUGGAAAGGCCCACGACAGAUCGAGCUCAUUGCGAUCCAAUGGAGUUCAGAAGCAGAAAGAGCAAACACCCCAGGCACGUUUGACGAUUGGAAUAUUCACAGUUUUCCCUGGUUAUGGAGUGCUGUCUCCUGGAUCCCAACAGGCUAUCACAGUGGAAUGCUCUGGGGAUCAGAUUGGGAAGCACGAAGAGCUCUUGAGCAUCGAUGUUACCGACCGGGACCCAAACGACAAUCCAGCUGGUAUUCCAUACUGGCUGGUCAUCGAAUGCUGUGCGCCAAAUAUUGUGGUGGAUGAUAUUCGUUCCAUCUUUGAGGAGCAUUUUAUUUGCCAGAACAUCAGUCUCCACCAGUGCUUGCAGACAGUGGAGACCUGUGGAAUCUAUGUAGAGGAUGAGAAGAGAUUCCUCUUCUAUAACGUACACGUUGGAGAUCAGGCUGAAGCCCGCUUCAAGAUCAUCAAUGUUGGCAAAGUAUCCGCUGACGUGGUGGUGUCAGUCAAGCCAAUUUCUAACAAGGUCGCAGCUCGUAUUGUUGAUAUUUUUGACGUGGAGCCGACGCGGAUGAAUGUGCCCAGUUAUGGUCAUAAAUUUGUAACCGUCAGGUUCAUCCCUCAGACAAUGCAGAAUUACCAGUGUAUAUUCGAAGCGGUUGUGGAAGCAGCUGCCGGAACUAUUCCUAAAAGCAAAUCCCUGCUGUUUGAUAUUGUCGGAGAUGGCAACCUGCCAAGGAUUAAUAUUCUUCGUCCGCUUCUGCGUAAUAAGAUAGGGAAUCCUUUGCUUAUAUACUCACGUUUGCUGUUGGGUCAAACAGAGAAGCUGCCUGUUGUCCUGAAAAAUGAUGGUACCUUACCUGCACAGGUGUCGAUCAAUCUUUCUGAUGACAAUGGAGUGUUUUCCCUGAAGCAUUGUAUUGAUACCAUAUGUUCCUAUCCUAAAGAGCGUUACAUCAAAGAAGAGGACCCAAGCAGAGUGAGGGAAAGUUGCAUGCUCACUGUCAACCUUAAGAGUGGAGAAGAGGCAACAUUUGAUGUUGCAUUCAAACCAACCUUGGCCCGACGUUUAGAGGGAGCACUCUACCUCACUGUAUUCAAUAACCAAUAUGAGGACACUGUUAUACAUCUGGUUGGUGAGGGUUACCAGGAUGACAUCACUCUGGACAACAUCCAUGGACUAUUGCGAAAUGGUGGAGAAGAAAAGAGCACAAGAUUUCUGGAAGACAAAGACAUUGAAGCAACACACUUGAACCACAUUCAGUUUGGAGACUGCCACAUCGGCCAGCCUUAUCAGGUGACUUUCACAAUGACCAAUCGAAGUGCAACAGACGUGGUCCGAUUUCAGUGGCUCUCACACAUCAACGAGCUCAAGAUCUCCCCACAGUUUGGCCACCUGCAUGCUGCAUGUGCGAAGGAUGUGACUGUGACAUUAAAGUCUGACCUACCUAUUACAUACAACAGUCGGGCAGUAAAAUGCAUGGUGUCGAAGAUCACCUUCCCAGUGCCUGCUGAUCAGGUUCCAGAUUGGGAUAAUCGCCUGAGUGUAGUGAAGUGGAUCGAUGCUGGGGCAGGUGUUCGACCUGCCAAGAAGAAGGUGGUAGAGGUCGAUCCAGAGCCUGCCCAUAGUGUUUUAGAAGAUAGCACUCGGGAGCUGGAACUGAAGAUCAGUGCUACGGUGGAUUACAGUGACUUCGAAUGCCUAUGUGACAGUAUCAUCUUCAAGGAUACACUAUUGUACCAGAGUCGAAUCUAUUCAAUCGUGGUGACUAACAAAGGUCCCGGAGCACUGGAGUACUGCUGGAAGGUGCUGAUGAACGGACGUGGUAGAGGGGACCACAUUCAAGCAGUUUCAUCAGACUCAUUGACCAGGGAGGAGUAUGGUGUAGCUUCAAUAAGCUCAAUGGUCGCCCAUUCACUGACCAAAGCUAUUCAGGCCACCAGCAGUGCUGUAGAAAGCACUUCCCCCCAGGUAUCUGUGGAUCUCGACAACUCACCGUUCACAGUGGAACCGUGCAAUGGAAUGAUUGCAGCAAUGGAGGCACAGGAAUUCCAAGUCAAGUUUGCCCCAUUGGAUGUUGGUGAAUUUGAAGCGUCGCUAAUCUGCAGUAUCCCAAACUUAAAGGUGGGCUCGCAAGGUCAGACAAUAGCUGUGAGAGGCCGCAGUCUCCUGCCCUACUGCCAUUUUGAGCUGGAAGACUCCAACUACAUCAGCAGCCACAGGCGAAACCCUGAAUUAAGUGGCCCAUGGGGUACCCACCCAGGGGCACCUCUGGACCCCAACACGCGUGUCGUCGAGUUUCAAGCAGUGGGAUUGAACACAGUCAAUAAGAGAUCCUUCUAUAUAAUGAAUCCAACUAGCACAGACUACUCCUUCCAAUGGAUAUAUGAGAGUGCGCCGGUUGUGCAAGUGGAGCCAGCAUUCAGCUGCCUGACAGAAAAGGGGCUUAUCUCAGCAGGGAAGAAGACUGAGGUCACCUUUGAGUUCGUGCCUCAGCAACUGGACAUCACUGAAUCAUUCUGGAGCUUCAAGGUUCCACAACUAAACAUCUCCGUGCCCUUCUUGUUGUGUGGCAAUACCAGUGAGCCAGCAGUCUCGCUUGACCGCUCCCAUAUCAACUUCAAGUUUGUACUGUUAGGACAGAAAGCACACGAAACCGCCUACAUGAUCAAUAACGAAGCGACUCCAUUCAGCUUCCGCUUCAGGGACGACACGGUGCACUCAGAGGGAUAUGGUUGCCUUCUCAUUAUCGAGCCAAUGGAGGGAGUUGUUCUCCCUCACAGCAGGACACCCAUUGUUUUCUCCUGCCCUGCAACCGCCGAGGGAGACGUGAACUUCAAUAUCGUGUGUGACAUCAAGACAAAGGUCGCACCCCUGACCUUAAAUGUUAAGAUGCAUGUUUACUGCAUGAACGUUGUAGUCAAGUGCGAAGCCAGUGAUGGGACUGUGACUGAACUCAAUCAACAGAGUGUCAAUGAGAUCUCCUUCGGAGAGGUGGAACUGAAUGACCACAUUAGCUAUUUUUUCAUCAUCGCAAAUGAUGGGACAUUUAACUUUGACUUUGAAUGGGAGCUCUCAGGUCCCCCGAGACCUCUGAGCUGCCUCAAGCUAACUUGCAAGGAGACAAGCGUCGAAGCAGGAAGCAGUGCCUCAGCAAAGAUCGAUUUCCACCCAGAUCACAAGUUGGUGCUUAAGGACGUGGAGCUAAAACUGAAGAUACGGAAAGGCCCAGUUUAUGCCUGUGUGCUCACCGGGUAUACAGUGACCCCAAGCGUCCACCUGUCUUUUACAACCUAUGAUUUUGGGGCGUGCUUCAUCUAUAACGCUGGGAUGACACCUUGCAAGAAGACCCUGAUCAUCACCAAUAAACAGGAGCAACCGGUGAGCCUGGAGUGCUUGUUCCCCAAGAACUCCCACCUGGACGUUAAGUUCCACCCCUGCACCCUGGCACCAAAGAAAAACGUGGAAGCUGCCAUUAUCUUCUACCCGAGGGAACCAAUCAAAUAUGAGGAAGAGGUCACCUUUGUAGUAAAUGGACUCAGCUACCAGAGCGUCGAGGUCCUUGGCCAAGGGACGGAGAUGAAGGUUGAAGUUGUCAAUCCCAAGAACAAGGUAGUUUAUUUUCGAGCUCUGCGGGUCGGACAGACUGUGAGGAAAGUGAUACCGAUAAUCAACAGGAGCCUGGCGCCUGUGAAUUUCAUUCUUGCUAUGACUCCUAACCAACAACUUCUUCAGAACGCCGAGGUUCUAAGCCUAUCACCAAACAACAAGAUCACGCUGAAAGCUCAGGGGGGCACCUGCAACGUAGCCGUCACCUUCUCCCCAGUUUGCCGGAUUCCCGAGUUUGCCGAAGAAGUAAGAAUGGAGUUCACGGGUGUUUCCAAGGCUCUCUUUGUGAUCCGGGGGUGCUGCCAGGGGACUGAGAUCGUGCUGGACCAGGACUACAUCUCAUUCGGGGCAGUGGUCCUCCGCAGCAAGACCACCCGGCUGGUCAUGAUGAAGAACGUUGGAGAUAUUGGCGCCAGCUUUAGGUGGGAGAUUGAAAAAUUUAAGCCACACUUCUCGAUCAGCCCUGUGGAGGGUUACCUGUCGCCGGGGAUGGAAGUUUCCUUGGAGGUGGCAUUCCAUCCUGCCGCUGUGAACACAGACAUUCGUGUGCAAAACCUGAAUUGCUUCAUUGAGAGAGCCACAUCUCUCCAGAUCAACCUGACCGGAACAUGCGUGCCAGCAACAGCCAUGAAAGAGGUGGUCAGUUUCAGUUGCCAUGUUCGGACUAAACAGACGCAUGCCAUUCAACUGACAAACCGUACCAACCAGGUCUGGAACCUGUGGCCCAUAAUUGAAGGAAAAUAUUGGACAGGACCAAAGAAUAUAAUCGUGCAACCUCAUCAGCAGAACCAGCCAUACGAAGUCACGUACAAGCCAUUAACCAUGACUGUUGAUGGCAAGAAACAUCAGGGCUCUGUCUUCUUCCCAUUGCCCGAUGGUGCAGGACUGCUUUACACGUUACAGGGAGUAGCUGAGGCCCCGAAGGCUGUUGCAGUCAUUAAUCGGGAGGUGCCUUGCAAGACCUCGCACACAGUGACAUUUUCCAUCAGCAACUGGCUCCACAGCCCUCAACGGUUCCGAGCCAUCAGGGAUCUGAUCAAGCCGGAACGGCUGGAGAGCACCACCACGUUGAAAGGCCUGGACUACAUAGACGUUCCCGGAUCCUCCCAGCGGGAUUACAGACUCACCUUCUUCAGCUACAAAGAGGCAAACAUCUCAGUGAAGAUGACCUUCCGUAACGAGACCACUCUUGAAUAUCUGUUCUACAUCCUAAACAUUAAGUCGACACCUCCUGGGAUAAUCAGCACCAUUGAGAUGACGGCACCAGUUCGUCAGAACACCUCCGGCACGGUCGAAGUUGAGAACCCACUCACUGUCCCAACUGUAUUCAGCACUGAGUGUAAAGUCCCAGACAUCAGUCUCCCGACACAGCUGAUUGUCCCGCCACAGACAAAGGGUGUACUGACCUUUGAAUACCAGCCCCUGAGAGAGGGAGAAACCAGCGGCCGCCUCACGUUGAACAACAGUGAGCUGGGGAUCUUCCAGUACGACCUGGUGCUGAGAGCCGGGCCCGGCGGACAUGAGAAGCCGGUGUACUUCCGCACCACCUUCGGCAGCAGCCAGGUCCUCGGCGCCAAGUUCGUCAACCUCUCCCGUCAGAAGCUCGAGUACCACUGCAAGAUUGACAAUCCUGAAUUCCUGGUGGACAAGAGUAUCACUGUCCACCCAGCCUCCCCAGGGGGUUCAGAGGUGAGCGUGGACGUGACGUACGAGCCCCUGCAGCUGGGUGAGUCCAGAGCCAUUCUCAACAUCGUCUCUCCCAUCGGGGGCAAGUACAGCAUCCCCUUGUUUGGCCUGUGCCUGCCCGCCAAACCUCAGGGUCCCUACUCCAUCCGAGCUGGGUCCACCACCUCGAUCCCAUUUAAGAACAUCUACCCGCAGGUGACAACCUUCUCCUUCCAGCCGGACAACCCCGUGUUUGUCUGCAAGCCCACAGAGACACUCCGGCCGAAGAAAAGCCACGCGGUGAUCGUCGGCUUUGAGGCAACCGCGAGCACUCCGAAGUCGCCCGUCAUCGGGAAGCUGGUGGUGUCGUGUCCACAGUCAGAGGGGAUGACGACAGUGACGUCUUGGAUCUAUUACCUGAAGGGAGUCACUCCAGAGAAGUGAGAGGGGGCAGCCGCUCAAGCAUCUCCUGUUGAAAGCACAAAUUUGCUCAAAUUCUCCUCAGCUCAAAGCCAUCGUUAGAUUUGUCCUGACUGCCCUGAUUGACCAAUCUGCUGAGCUGUUGCAAUGUUAUCACUAAGCAACAAUGCUUGAAAUUAUCUGGGUCACUUUAUCCGGGGCUCACUAUUAACUCGGUGAGUACAUUCUUGUUAAACAUUCAAACCACUCACAAGCCGUCUGGGGACAUCAGACCCUCUAACUAUCCAGGUCUGUUGGUAAAACGACCUUCUCUUGUUAUCAAGUUAUCAUCAAUAGGCCAAACCAUAAAACACAGUACGUUGUAUUUUUGUAAUUCUGUUCAGUUCGAGCAAAGUUGUUAACGAUUGCCUCCUUAUUUCUCUUAUCUCUUACCACAAAACCAGCAAACCGCUAAUCACCACUUGCUAGGUUCUGGGCCCAGUCUCGUUCCGGUCUGACGCCUUUCCUUUGACCGUCAGAUAAUCAGAUUUGUCUAAUGUUUUACAAGUGAAUUAUUUUGUAAUCUUUCCAAGUGAUGUGACAAGAUGCAUCAAAAAUAGCCGUCUAUCCUCGCUUCGUAGCUUGGAUCCAUAGUCUCAUUAUAAAUGUCGGCACAGAGGGGUUUAUAAAAUAAAGCGGCAUUGGAUUACA